AUACUGUAGCUAUUGAGCUCAUAAGCGUGUUGACUCUUUUCAUGGUUCAAGAAGAAGAAGAUGACCUCUUUACCGGUACGUGCAUAAUAUUUUUUGAAAGGAUUUUAAUUUGGGCAGAUAGCUAUGAGUGCGAGAUAGGUAUGACGCGUUUUGAGAGUGGUAGGAGGGAUUUGAAAUGGAUGCAAUGAAAAAGAUGUGUGGUGAUUGAGCAGAGAAUGACAGCCGUGUUGUCGCCCACUGCCCCCAAUUAAAUCUUUUCAUGGAAUAGAAAUGAAGAUGAAUUCGAAGAAGUAGGGAUUUGGGGUCCAUUAUUCCAGAGUCAAUAUCGGCAUGUCCGCUGACGCUCACUGCACGCUGCUUUUACUGCAAAAGUGAAAUGGGUCGUUGGGUUAUAAACAGCUGUUAAAUGCGCCAUACUAAACAUUUACUAAUUGAUUGUUUGUUCCUCUUCAGAGUUCAGACCUGUUUAUGGUGGUUGGUUGGUUACAUUCUGUCUUAUAAAUUGUGAGAUUUGGUUGUGUCAGAUUGGCGUGUGGGUAAUGGAAUUAGCUGGCUCGCACCGUAUGUUGUGAAAACGAUGCUUUUUAGAGUUGGUUUCAUUUCAAUCUAGGGAUUCAAGAGUGGUCGUGGGUUCGAGUCCCGUCAACUUAAUGAGCAUUUUGAUGCCGGUGGGUUUCAAUAAAUUGAGUGCAUUGGGCUCUAUGUUCUUCAUUGGGAAGAUGGGUUGGCACGAAAUGUCGAGGAUGGGUUUGUUUGUUUUCGUGCUUCUGCAAUUGUGGGCGGUGCAGGGAUUUGGCAGCAAUGAGAUCAAGAUCAAGACUUUUAUAGUUCGUGUGGACGUGGAUGCAAAACCCACAGUUUUCCCCACGCACGAGCACUGGUAUAAAUCCAGCGUUGCGUCUGUGAAGGGCCUAACGACCGAAGAGCUACAAGAGGAAACCCAAAAUGACAUGCUAUUGCAUGUCUACGACACUGUGUUCAGCGGGUUUUCAACCAGGCUAACGGAUUCACAGGCUUCGGAGCUCGAGAAGGUGCCAGGAAUACUUGCUCUGUUUCCCGACCAGGCUCGCCAGAUUCAGACAACGCGAUCGCCGCAGUUUUUGGGGCUCAAACCGGAUGGCGGCGGGCUGUGGGCGGAAUCCGACUACGGUUCCGAUGUGAUAAUCGGGAUCAUGGACACGGGCAUAUGGCCCGAGCGACGGAGCUUCAGCGACCUGAACAUUGGCCCUGUUCCAGCACGCUGGAAGGGCGUUUGUGAAACGGGCCCCGGGUUCGAGAGCUCUGCAUGUAACCGCAAGCUGGUGGGUGCGAGGUUUCUCUCCAAGGGCUAUGAAGCGGCAAUGAGGGGCGGUUUCCUGAACGACACUGUGGAGUUCCGGUCACCUCGGGACUCCGACGGGCAUGGAACUCACACUGCAUCUACGGCGGCGGGCAGGUAUGUUGAUCAGGCUAGCAUGUUGGGCUUUGCCCGCGGUGUCGCCACUGGUGUAGCGCCGAAAGCCAGAUUGGCGGCUUAUAAAGUUUGCUGGGCAUCGGGCUGCUAUGAUUCUGAUAUUCUCGCUGGAUUUGAUCGUGCUGUGGUGGAUGGAGUCAAUGUGAUUUCGCUUUCAGUCGGUGGUGGUGUGGUUCCAUAUUAUCUUGACAGCAUUGCUCUGGGGGCUUUCGGGGCUAUGCAAAGAGGAGUUUUUGUAUCUGCUUCUGCGGGCAACGAGGGGCCUGGGCGUGAGACUGUUACAAACGUUGCUCCAUGGAUAGCAACGAUUGGGGCAGGUACUCUGGAUCGGGACUUUCCCGCAGAUGUUCUGUUGGGCAACGGGCAGAUUAUACGGGGAGUUUCUCUGUACAGUGGGAAAGGUCUGAGUCGGUCUAGAUUGAUUCCACUUGUUUAUGCCGGUGAUGCAUCGAGAAUGGAUGACGGCGGUGAUAGUUACUCCUCGUCGUUGUGUAUGGAGGGAACUCUUGAUCCCAAGGUCGUUAAGGGCACAGUGGUUUUAUGUGAGCGUGGGAAUAAUCAGCGUGUGGGUAAAGGAAUGGAGGUGAGAUCUGCUGGUGGGAUUGGAAUGAUACUAACGAAUAAGGCUUCUGAUGGAGAGGGGCUUGUGGCGGAUGCUCACGUUUUACCUGCGGCUUCUGUGGGGGCCUCUGCAGGGAACACUAUUAGGCGUUACAUUUUGUCGACAAGAAAUGCUACGGCGACCUUAUUGUUCUACGGGACAAAAUUGGGGGUAAAACCGGCACCGGUUUUGGCAGAGUUUUCUGCACGGGGGCCUAAUCCUGAAACGCCUGAGAUCCUGAAGCCAGACAUUAUAGCUCCGGGUGUCAACAUUUUGGCUGCUUGGACCGGUGCCACUAGCCCCUCUGGGCUCUCAUCUGACCGUAGGCGGACGGAAUUCAAUAUAAUCUCUGGUACAUCCAUGGCUUGUCCUCAUGUCAGUGGGCUUGCUGCUUUGCUCAAGGGGGCUCACCCGGAUUGGAGCCCAGCGGCCAUUAAGUCUGCUCUUAUGACCACCGCUUAUGUUCAUGAUAACAGAGCUCAGACCCUGAUGGAUGAAUCUUCAGGGCAGGCAGCAAGCGCUGUGGAUUUUGGCGCAGGUCACGUGGAUCCUCAGAGAGCUGUGGACCCAGGGCUGAUUUAUGAUCUGACAAUGGAGGACUAUGUAAAGUUCUUAUGCGGCCUUAAUUAUUCAGAGAAAUCUCUCAAGGUUAUAACCCAUCAGCCAGUUGUGAACUGCCCUAGUCCCAAAGUCGAAGCUUGGAAUCUCAACUACCCAUCUUUUGCAGCAGUUUUUUAUCAGAGCAUCUCUUCUUCAAAUCUGGCCACCGUGUUCGUGAGAACAGUCACGAAUGUGGGCCCGGCCCUCUCGACGUAUACUGCUAAGGUGGUGUCCCCACUCAAUGGGGUCCAAAUAAGCGUCCAGCCAAGCAUCCUGCGCUUCACAAAAGCAAAGGAGAAGCUCAGCUACACGGUGACUGUGAGAGCCGAACCAGUAAAACUAGAUCCGGGUACUUCAAAUACUGUUUCUGCUCUGCUGACGUGGGCAGAUGGGACACAUUCUGUACAAAGCCCAAUAGUUGUAAUCAGGAAGGAGCCUUAUUAAAGUCUGUUUACAAGUUUAGCUUUCUGAAUUCUUGGCUGAGAUGAUUUUGUAUUAUUUUAUCGCAACGUGCAAGUGCCAAGGACAAGUUAUAUAUAUAAUAUAUAUAUAUAUACACUUCCAUGUGAAUUGGGAUUGUUUUUUUCUUGGGUAUGGGAAAGACCCGGUAUUGUGAAUGGAAAUAUCGGUGGCUGGUUGUAUACAGAAGUUCCCCACUUCCAAGUUUUGGUUUUUCAGAUUAGUACAAGUAUUAUACAAAUGAUAAUUAGUUCUAUA